GAUUCAGUGCUGGAAUUAGCGGAGUGUGUGGAUCAGGGAAGUCAAGGCAGGAGGGGAAUCUGCGGGGAAAACCCAAUUGAGUGGCUUACCCGAGACUUCUGAAUAUUGAUGUCACUUGAAAAUCUGGUUGUCAACAUCAUAAAAACAGUGCUAGGAAAAGCCACAAAAUAUUGCACAAGACCCAGAAGGACUGAAAGUUGGAGGAUUUCUUUCAGGGGAUAUAUUGUUUUCACUGGGGAAGACUGCUCCAAAGCUCCACCAGGAUCCCUGUGGGCUGGGACAAGGUGGGUUUCCUACCUGAGCUGGGAAGCUGCAGCCCACAGGAUGGACAUUCCUGCCUCCUCCAGGACAGGAUCCAGGAGAAGCUCUGGGAAUGUGCACAGGUUGAUCAGGCAGACCAUCACUUUCUGCAGCCCAGGUUAUAAGGACAAGUUCACCUUGCAUCAUCCUGCUCCAUUUCCUCAGCUGGCAUUUAACUUCCAGUUGGAUGCAUCACGGCAUUUUACUCCUGUCCAUGGGUGACGAAUUCUUCUGGGCAAGACUUCAAGUACUAAUUAAUGUAUAUAAUAGAAAAGCUGCCUAAAUUGGAUUAAAAUUAUGGAUCUUCAGCUCCUGCAGCCUCACUCUGUGAGCAGUGUGGAAUGAUUCCAUUACAGUCACAUCUCCAGGAGGGCUUCUUCCCUAUCCAGAGAAGCUGGACUGACCUGCACCAGCCUUAAUGGAGGAGCACAGUCUGUGUUCCACUGAAACUCCAGCUGCAAACAAGGCCAGCUUCACGGAAACAAGUCUGGCUGGUCAGGAGAGCCACGUCCCCAGUUCUGAGGUUCUUGAAGCAAUAGAAAAUGUUAUCCAAGGAGUACUUCAAAGCCUGGCCCAAAAAAAAGCACCUGUUCUCACAGUGGCCAACAGAGCAGACUGGAGGAACAUAGAAUUUAAAGAUUCUGUAGGUCUACAGAUGAUACCAGGUUGUACUACAAAACAAAUAAGAAGUGACUGCCCUCAAUCAGCAAGAAGAUUUGCUCUGACGCUCAAAAUAUUAUCAAUGAUCUAUAAGAUGGUGCAGAGCAACACUUAUGCAACAAAAAGAGAUAUAUAUUAUUCAGAUACUCUCCUGUUUGGUAGCCAGAGUGUUGUGGACCAAAUAAUCAAUGACAUUUCUUGCAUGCUUAAGAUACCCCGGAGAAGUCUGCAUGUGCUGUCUACAACUAAAGGUUUUGUUGCUGGUAAUUUAAGUUACACUGAGGAAGAUGGUACUAAAGUGAAUUGUACCUGCAGUGCAACAGCAGUUACUGUGCCAUCUAAUGUUCAAGGAAUUAAAAAUUUAACCUCACAUGCCAAAUUUAUAUUAAUUGUAGAAAAAGAUGCAACUUUCCAGAGACUCCUGGAUGAUGACUUCUUCAAUAAAGUGUCCCCAUGUAUCAUGAUCACGGGAAGAGGCAUACCAGAUCUUAAUACACGACUUUUGGUCAGGAAGCUGUGGGAUUCUUUUCAAAUUCCUAUUUUCACCCUCAUGGAUGCAGAUCCACAUGGUGUAGAAAUAAUGUGCGUCUACAAAUAUGGAUCUGUGUCAAUGUCCUUUGAGGCCCAUCAUCUCACUGUUCCCUCUGUCAAGUGGCUUGGUCUCCUUCCGUCUGAUCUCGAGAGAUUGAACAUACGCAGAGAUGCCUUGAUUCCAUUUACAAAGCAAGAUGAAAAUAAAUUAGCAAGUAUUCAAAAGAGACCUUACAUUGCUUGUCAGCCACUGUGGAAAAAAGAGCUGGAAAUUAUGGCAGCAUCUAAACUGAAGGCUGAAAUUCAAGUUUUAACUUCUGUCUCAGCAGAUUACCUGUCCAGAGUCUAUUUACCAAACAAACUGCAGUUUGGUGGAUGGCUGUGAAUGCUGCUCUGCCAAUGAAAUGUUUCUCUAUAUAUUGAUUUAAUUUGACUGCCCUUAAGGAAAAAAAAGUGCAGAGACAAAGGAGUAUCUGUCAAUUUCUUGUUCAGUUUCUUUAUCUCUGCACCUAGAGUAUAAUCUUCUCUUUUUCUUUGUUCAAACUAUAAAAGUAAUUAUGAUUUUUGCAGACUACUGCUACUUCCAUUCUGUGGUUUCUGCUGUGAAACAGUGCCAUAUGCAAUAGUACAAAUAGAAGAGAUAAUGAAAUAUGUUCUUUCUGGCAAGAAAAACGUGAAGUUCAAAAAUAUAUCCAGGAACUGUUUUGCCUUCUGUCUUAAAGCACUGCAUGAUGCUGUACAGAGCUUUUUGUAUUUGAAGGGAGUGAAAGACUUGCUUAAGAAUUUAUUAUAUGUGCCUCUUUUUGGAAAUUAUUUUAGGUUUUUGUUUGCUGUAAAUUCAGACAUAAAAGCCAGAAAUAAUUCCUGAUUACUGCAAAUCUCAAGCAGCUAUAAAACUUCCAGCAAUCAAAUUACAAUUUGUUUUCAAUGAACAAAUAAGAAAGUGAAUGUUACUGAUUAAGAAUUUAAUAAA